AUGCCCUUGGUCGCGCGCGAAAUGGAUGCCUGGCUCAAAGGCUCGCCCGAUCGCGUUGCUGUCCUGCAUUGCAAGGCUGGGAAGGGACGUUCCGGUACAAUGGCCUGCACGUACCUUCUUUCCCUUGACGACAUCCCUAUGUCGCCUCAGCUGCAGCGAAGCUACACUGUGAAGGAAUGGGCCAAGCGACGACUAGAAAGUGCGAUAGAAACCCUUCCACCCGACGAAGAUACUCAGCUCACCUUCAGCAAGACCUCAUCCACCACCAACCCCUUGUCCCCUCUAUGCGAAACUCCAGGACCCUCAUCCGACGUAGAGGGGAUUUUGGACAUCGAAAAAGGCUCUCCUCCACCCACUGCGACGGCCAAUCCCGAAAGGUCAUUCACGGAUGCACUAAAGGGAGUUCUCGACCUCCAUACUGCCAGACGGAUGAAGCAAGAGGAAGGCAAUAGCAAGGCGAAGCAAGGAGUGAGCAUACCAAGCCAGAGGCGCUUUCUCUAUUAUUGGGCGCUGCUGCUAGCACACGACGCCCCAAAGCACGUCUGGGCUGUUGACUAUUCACAGUCUGUUCACGAUGCGGAGGACCGCCCUCCCUUCCAGAGAAGCACUGCAUCGAGACCCAAAGUUCGCCUAACACAACUCAAGCUUCGCAUGCGCGAAACGUCGGGUAUGAAGCUGAGCAUCAUUAAAGCAGCGAACAAGGUUAUCGAGCGUACGAACCUAGCCAAAGGACCUGACAAACCUCUUACCUCUGGAACAAGUAAAGAAAAAGAGAAAGAAAAGUCAUCUUCGUCCUCGAGCCAAGUGUGGGCGUCUCUGGCGCGGUAUGACGACACGCUCGUCGAUCUCCUCGAGGAGUGGGAGACCCACACGCGGGAUUCAGACGGUCACAUGGGCAAGCGGAGACCGGGAUCUGAACAUAUGAAGCGCGGAGAAACGACGGAAGAGGAUGUUCUCAACGAGGUAUUUCUAAGUGGCAAGUGGGACAAGGGGAAGAUGGUGCGGAGUUUUGCACGGUUGGGCGUUACAGACGGUGCUGGUGAGGUGAAUGCCGUGGACGAAAAAGAAGGAAAUAUCUAUAUAUACACUCUCCGACCGCUGUCCGACAAACGUUGGGAGGGCCUCAAGCACGACCUGCAAAAGAACGCCAGCAACGCCGAGCAGACCCUGGAUGCGAUCAACACCAACGCUGAAGCAACGGGUUUAUCGCGCUCAGAGACGAACUCGAUGUACGACAUCACGACGGCCGGCCUAAAAGCUGAGCUCGACCAAGGAAUCAUCCUCGACGCAGGCAGGGAGAUCCGCGUCAAGCUCUACAUGGGCCAGGUAUUCAUGGGCUGGCUCUGGUUCAUCCCGACCUUCCACAUGCCCCAACCACCACCGACAGCUUCUACGACACUGGCACCAGAGUCGCUCAAAUCAACUCUCCGCCUCACGCGUAAGGAGCUCGACUUCCCGCUCGGCCUCGGGAGCAGCAUCAUCGAUGUCGAGAUGGAGAUGGAGUGGGUCGCUCCAGCGCGUGGACAGGUAGGUGUUGAGGCGGUCGAGCCCCCGCUUCGCGCACGUACGGAGGAUUCGAAGAUCGGGACGGACGCAGAGCCUGUGCAGACUGGUAUUGCGGCGCUUGCACAGGUGAUGGUGAGCGACCAAGAAGUCGAGGGUGAGGGUACGAGCUCAGCGAGCAUGGCGGGCAAUGAGUCGGGAGGUUUGGGGAAGGUCGGAAUUCGGGAGACGGUGGAAGCGAAACAGGGCGCAAAGGAAUAA